AUGUCUUCUCCUAGACAGUCGGCAGAAGUUUUAGAACCCCGAGAUGGAAUAUCACAGGAGCCUACAUCGGUGGUGAGACCAAAAGAUGAGCCUGGCAUUCACGACGUUGAGCCAGCCUCUCCAACCAGUAAGGAUAUGAAGGACCAGGGUGUUGAAGAGGAGACACUGUUGGCAGACAGAAGCGAGCCAGCAGUAGACAAUUUUCCUAUGACAACGGACGAUGCUUUAGAUUCACUAAAAGAUAAGGGGAAGAGAAAAAUUACAGAAGGAAACAGUACGGACGAACUACGGACCGCCACCAACGAGCAAUCUAUACCAGACAUGGAAUCCUCUACUGCGACUUUGAAGCCAAUAAUAACCGGACCCCCGAAUGUUUCUAUGCAGAACAUGUCACCAAUUGACCAAACGUAUUUAGAUCCUACCCCCAAGACACCUGGCACCUCUCGACCUCCAUCAAGAUCUGCGUCGAGUGCAGGAACACAUCAUCUACACGCGGAGAGGUUGGAUAGAUCACCUACGAGAUCCGAUGCAGGGUUUGACGAAAAAACCACUGCGAGUGAGGACGAACGAGAAGGAGAUUCUAGAUCAGAAAUAAAAAGCAUAAUGGAUCAAUUCGCAGAAGAUGGACAGGGCCCAGGGCAUGAAGAAGUUAUGUCUCCUCGUCUUGAGUUUGCUGGCCCGCUUCUUGGCAGUCCAGUACAACAUCCACCUCGCAAAUCGAGUCUGGAGCCUAUAAAUGCAGCCGUUCUAAGCCAGAGUAUUGGUGAUUUGCAAAUAUCAUCUGCUCCUUCACCAGGCCAUCGAACCAGGAACGAUUCUGACGUCGGCCCAGCUGUCCCACCUAAAGCAGACUCUAUACAUAGCUUUGGCAUAAUGCAGGAUGAUCGUUACUCAUCUGCAGAUACCCCAUUAUCCCCUGCCUUACAUCGCCCCCCACCUCCCGAGCCAGAGCCUGAGCCGGACCUUCCUUUUGACUUCCAUCGAUUUUUAGAACAACUGAGGCAUAGGACUGCGGAUCCCGUAGCGAAGUUCCUACGGUCGUUCCUACAGGAGUUUGCAAAGAAACAGUGGAUGGUACACGAACAAGUUAAAAUAAUAAGCGAUUUCUUGUCUUUUAUCACGAAUAAAAUGGCUCAAUGCGAAGUAUGGCGUGAAGUCUCUGAUGCAGAGUUUGAUAAUGCGCGUGAGGGUAUGGAGAAAUUAGUUAUGAACAGGCUAUAUACACAAACAUUUUCUCCAGCAAUUCCUCCACCCCAGCCUAUUCCAGGCUUAAAGCCAAGAAGGCGGGGCGCCGAUCGUCCCAUGGGUCCCGGUCGGAGAGGACAACAUCAAGAGGAUGUCGAGAGGGAUGAAAUUCUUGCUCAGAAAGUUAGCAUUUAUGGUUGGGUGAAAGAGCAGCAUUUAGAUAUACCACCAGUUGGCGACAGCGGAAAACGUUUUCUGAUCUUGGCACAACAAGAGAUAUUGAAGAUCAAAACCUACAGAGCCCCACGGGACAAAAUAAUAUGCGUUCUCAACUGCUGCAAAGUGAUUUUUGGGCUACUUAAGCAUUCGAAGACCGAUUCAUCGGCAGAUUCAUUUAUGCCUCUUCUGAUUUAUGUUGUCCUUCAAGCAAAUCCCGAGCAUCUUGUGUCAAAUGUUCAAUAUAUUCUUAGGUUUAGGAACCAGGAAAAGUUGGGAGGAGAGGCAGGAUAUUAUCUUUCGUCGUUGAUGGGCGCAGUCCAAUUCAUCGAGAAUCUGGAUCGAACAAGUCUUACGAUAAGCGACGAGGACUUCGAACGGAAUGUCGAAGCGGCUGUAUCUGCUAUUGCCGAAAAGCAUCAAGCAGAUAUUGCCUCAAGCCCUGUCGAAAGCAGUCCACCUACACAACUUUCCGAGAAAUCACCUCCAAGCCGACAUUCCAUGGAAGGCGAAUCAUCAGCUUCUAGAAGGUCAACAUCGUCAAACGAAUACGAAGCUGGGGAUGGUAUGGAUGAAAAAGCUGCUAUGAGCGGUCUACUUCGUACUAUUCAAAGGCCGCUUUCCUCUAUAGGUAGAAUGUUCUCGGAUGACCCCUCCCCUUACAGUGGGCCCACAAGGACUCCCAAUCCUGGGAAUACACCAGGAAUGACUCCAUCCCCACGAGUAAGCAUGGAGGGGGCUCAACCCCCACAGCGAAGGCCUAGUGGACGUGAAUCGAUCAGGAAUAGGAUGACAGCCGAAGAUGCAGCUGCCAGGCAAGCGAGUGCCGAGGCUGCAGAAGCACAUCGCCUACAACGUGCAGAGCACGAGAAUGUUGUAGAGACCCUUGCCGGGAUGUUUCCAGAUUUAGACAGGGAAAUCAUUAGCGAUGUAGUUACUCAAAAAGAGGGAAGGGUUGGUCUAGCAGUCGAUGCAUGUCUUGCUCUGAGUUCUUGA